AUACGCGGUAGCACUCCUCUCGUUUUGGGUUUUGCGUGACAUUAGAAACUAUAAGCAGCUUAAGCUUAAAGAGAAGCAAAGCAAGGAGACUGAGUUUGAGUUUGAGUUUUCAACGAGUGCAGUGCACGCAUCAAUAUAUAAUAAUACUCACGUCUAACAACACAUGCACAUUUAAUAAUCUAUUAAAAUAUUCAUUCAUUCAUUCAAUUUCAAACCACCUAUUACCUUUCUUUCUGUUUUCUCAAACGUCCAAAAAACUAAGCGAAUUGGAAACCAGCAAAAUCAACUAGAUUAACUUUGAAAGCAGGCUUGUAAUAUGGGAAAUACGGAGUCAAUGUCUGAAUCUCAAGAUGAUUUUUACCAACAACACCCUCCUAAUUAUGAUGGGAGUUCAAUUAAUCAUAGCAGCUAUCAUCAAACUUCUUCUUAUGCUGGGAGUUUUGAUAGCACUACCUAUGAUCAACCCUCUUCUUAUACUGGAAGUUCGGGGAACACUAACCGUCAUCAACCAUCUACAAGUUCGAUGAAUACUCGCCGUGGUCUUAAGCAGAAACCAACAUAUAUAGCUGACAAUUUCAGCUCAUUGGAUCAGGUUGUUUCUGCUCUGAGAGAAGCUGGUUUAGAAUCUUCAAAUUUAAUACUUGGUAUUGAUUUCACCAAAAGCAAUGAAUGGACAGGUAAAUACUCGUUCCACCGGAAAAGCCUUCAUCGUAUUGGAAACACUCCUAAUCCAUAUGAGCAAGCAAUCUCCAUAAUUGGCCGUACUCUGUCUUCUUUUGAUGAAGAUAAUCUGAUACCUUGUUUUGGGUUUGGUGAUGCAUCUACACAUGAUCAGAAUGUGUUCAGUUUUUAUCCCAAUGAUAGAUUUUGUCACGGUUUUGAGGAAGUACUUGCACGCUAUGGACAGAUUGUUCCACUCUUGAAACUGUCAGGACCGACAUCAUUUGCACCUGUAAUCGAUGCAGCAAUUGACAUUGUGGAAAAAAACAACGGUCAAUAUCAUGUUCUUGUCAUUAUUGCUGAUGGACAGGUUACUAGAAAUCCUGGUACACCGCAAGGAAAGCUUAGUCCACAAGAACAAGCAACAAUUAGUUCCAUAAUUGCUGCAAGUCAUUAUCCUCUGUCAAUUAUUUUGGUUGGAGUUGGAGAUGGACCAUGGGAUGAGAUGCAGCACUUUGAUGAUAACAUUACUGGGCGCUUAUUUGACAACUUUCAGUUUGUAAACUUCACUAAGAUCAUGUCUGAGAACACGGAAGCAUCCAAGAAGGAAGCAGCAUUUGCACUCGCUGCCCUUAUGGAAAUUCCAUAUCAGUACCGGGCAGCCCAAAAUAUACAAAUUGACAAUAGAGAACCAAUUCAUCAUCAACAUAAAAGACCUCUCCCUCCACCUAAGGAAGUAAUAGAUCAUGAUAAUGCAUUCAUUGCGACUCCGCACAUGACAACAAAUUUCGAUUCAAUUGAACCAACUGCUCCAGCCAGUGCAGAACCAGUAUGCCCCAUUUGCCUAACCAAUCCGAAGGACAUGGCUUUUGGAUGCGGUCAUACAACUUGCAAGGAGUGUGGUGCGACACUAUCAUCAUGCCCUAUGUGCAGGCAGCAAAUUACUACUCGCUUGAGACUAUACUCUUAAGUCAGAUUCUUGCUAAUUUAUUCUAUAGCAUUAUGAUAUUGCCGCUGCAGUUAAUGGAGUAUUACACAAUAUAUUAACAAUUCAGCCUCAGAAUGAGAUGUAUAGAAAUGUUGUGUAAAUGUUAUUCUUAAACAAAGGGUCCAUUGGGUAAAGUGUACAGAAAAAGAAUAAGGUUAAUUUGACCCAAAUUUUUCUCUGAAGUUGCUAUGAAGUUUGAAAUUAUUUCCUUAAAAGUUUGAGAGCAAGCUACCAA